AUGGCUUUUGUCGGAUCCGUGUCGGGCAUUUCACUGGCAAUCACCGUUCCUGGACUCUUCCCGUACGAAGUAGCGCGUGGUUAUCUCGUGAGCGCCGGAUGGCUUCUUUUUGAAGAAGAAGUGCGGACCCCGGACGCCUUGUUCGAGUAG